ACCAAGCACUCCUCCCCUCCCGUCUCGUCACAGACCGACAGCAGCGGUGCAGGAGGCGUACCGACCGUACCGACACAGGAUAACGCUACUGUUGAGGAGGAGUGAUACAGCAAAGAUUGGACUAAAAAACCAAGACUCUACGGAAUGGAUUAAGUGUUUUUAACGCCACUGUUCUGUGAAGGUAUACUUUUUGGCAUCACCGUGCACCGGGCGAAAGGUUGCUUGUUUUCGUUUUAUUUUCCUUUGAACAAAAUUCAACAGCUAACGUUAAUGCGACUCACCAUAGUCUGUAUUUAGCUAGUCGGGGGAUGGAGACUGUGGCAGCUAGCUAGCUGACGUUACAUUUCUGUCAGGCUAGCAUUUAACACACAGCCGCCGCAUACUGAUUUUGCUUAAAGGACGAGUAGUUGUUCCAGUUGAGUAUUUUAUUACAGGAACCCCGAAAUGUUGGCUUGUGUGUAACAAAGGGGCAAACAGCUAACACCGGUAGCUCGCCGCUAACUAUCACUGGCAAGCUCAUCAGCUGACGUUAGCUCGCGACUUAGCAAGCGGCCACUAGCUUCCUCUGCCUCGCGAACUGUCAUCGGAGAGCGUUUAAGCGUCUGAACAAGGGUUAAUAUAUCGGCGCAACUUUGCCUUAUAUUUGGGGAGAGCCAUCCAAUACUUGGUUCAGAUAUUUAUUUUUGAGUCGUGUUGUCUGUUGACCGUAGCUUUGUCAAAACGGCGGCGUUAACGAACUGCAACGUUAUUGGAUACUACUGUCAGAGACCAACUACCUCCCGGAUUCUCUCAAAAUGCAUCAUCCGGACCCUGCAGGAGACUCUGGCAGUGUUAGAAAGAUGGCGCACCCGGCAGUCUUUCCUAGAAGGGGUAGCAACACGGGCAGCGGGAGUGGCUCUACGUUGUCAACGCCGGCAAACGCGGUGGUCAAUAACAGCCAUGUCCCAGUCGAUGAUUUUCAGUCCUCCCUGUUGAUUCAAUCCCAACCUCCGGCUGGCUCGUCCUCCCCGGUCCCCCAGCAUCCUCCUCCCCACAGCCUGAAUCUGCACUCCCAGCCCCAGCCCACACAGUCAGCAGGAGCUCAGAUGAAAAAGAAGAGCGGCUUCCAAAUCACUAGUGUGACUCCAGCACAGAUAUCCGUGAGCACCAACAAUAGUAUUGCAGAGGACACAGAGAGCUACGAUGACCUGGAUGAAUCCCACACGGAGGACCUGUCUUCAUCAGAAAUCCUGGAUGUGUCCCUCUCCCGCGCCAAUGACAUAGCCGGAGCAGAGAGAAGCUCUUCUGAGGAGACUCUGAAUAACUUCCAUGAGGCAGAGACCCCUGGAGCUAUCUCCCCUAAUCAACCUUCACAACUCCACUCCCUGAGCCAGCCCCCCCAGCAUGGAGGGACUAUGGUGAAUGGGAUUGUUCAUCACCACCAUCAACAUCAUCAUCAUCAUCAUCAUCAGGGGCAUCAUCAUCCUCACCAGGCUCAGGUCCAGUCCGUCUCCUCUGGGCCUGUGGGGGCCCCAUCUGCCCUCACUUCUGGAGCUUUACCUUGUGUCACCCAGAAAAUGCCUUCUAACGUGGGGGUCCCCCAAGAGAAUGUUGUCCCAGCUGGGCCUCCAAGUAUUAUUGCCCAGCCUGUGGGGGCCGUGGCCCUGGGAUCUGUCCCUGGAAUGCACAGCUCUGCCACGGGCACUACUGUUAGUAUAGUUAAUCCCCAGACCAGCAAUGUUAGUAAUGUGAAUAUGUUGAGCUCUGCCAACGUGCCUGUGAGGGGGGGGAUCAGCACCAGUGCGAGCAGUGGCAGUGGUGGAUUCCCUCCUAGUGUGAUAAGCAGCAGUGGGGGGAGCGGAGGCGGAGGUGGUGCCGUUGCUAUUGUGGGCAGCCUCAUCACCAGCCCUAAUGUCAACAUGAUCCAACAGCACCAAACCAUCAACUCCAGCAUCACUAUGAGCACGACUACCACUACAACUGCUGCCGCUGCUGUCAGUGCCUCUGGGGUGAUGGGACUUUCCAGUGGGACCCAGGGAAGGGUUGGAUCUUCUCUGUCUCAGCCUGGCAGUGCCUCUGUCCCAGCCAUGGCCGUAGCCCCUGUACCCUCUACUCUGCCCCAGCCCGCCCCAGCCCCGGCCCCGGCCCCAGCCCCAGCCCCAGCCCCUGCAGCUGCUACUACCAGCUCUCGUUUCAGGGUGGUGAAGCUGGACUCCAGUUCUGAACCCUUCAAGAAGGGCCGAUGGACAUGCACUGAGUACUAUGACAAAGAAACCCCAGCCUCUGCCUCUAGCUCCUCGGCAUCUGAAGCUGCAUGUACCAGCAUGCGUCAGUUUGUCCCUGAGAAUUUUGCUGGGGCUUCAGAGAGGGAAAGCACCAGUAGUAGCUCUGUGAGUAGCACCGUCAGUACGUUGAGCCAUUACACAGAGAGUGUGGGCAGUGGAGAGGCUGGGGGACCGUCAGCACCCCAACAGGCGCAGGAUUAUGCCUCCACCCCUCAGGCCUUCCAAGCACUCCUCCCUAGUGGCCUAAGCAUGGGAGUGUCCCAUACCCAACCUCACAUGCACCCCCAGGAUCUAACCCAUGCACACCUGAAGACCACCGUGGCCCCCUCUGCUCCCACCAGCAUUCAUCAGCCUGCUGCCAUGUCAGGCCAUCAGACCACUAUAGGGCACCCUGCUCCUGUUAUGCCCCAGCAGCAGCUCACCUAUGCCCAGGCAGUUGCUGCUCAGCCUCCAGCCUCCACCCAGGGCCUAGUGGGUGUUCAACAACAACAGCAGCAACAGCAACAGAUAGGCUAUGGCUCCCUGGCCCAACAGCCUCCUGUUCCAACCCAGACGGCCCCAGUGCAGGUCAGGCCUCCUGAGUACACCCAGCCUCACCCUGGCCUGCCCCAACCCGUCGGGUCUCAACCUCUAUCCCAUCAGGCUGCAUCAGCUGCCUCUGGGCCAGGGAAUGGAGCAUGCCACAUGAUAGCGGGGCAGCAGCAGGCACAGGUUCUCCUCCAGACUCAGCCCCAGCAGACCCCCUCCCUCCAGGCCACCACCUCUACUAUGGUUUCCCAGAUGGGAGCAGCAGGCCUUGGUCAACAGCCUCAGAGUCACCCUGUCCCUCUGGAUCGCCAACAGCAGCAGCAACCGCAGCAGCAACAGUCACUCCCAACCCAAACCCAAAACUCGGGCCUUGGCACCCAGCUGCCCAGCACAGUGCACCCUAGCCAAGUGGCUGCAUCAGGUGUGCCUCCUCCCAACCCUCAGAGUGACCCCCAGCCCCAAGCCCACAACGGAGGAAAUAGUGUCAGGGUGCCGACCCAGUCUGCUCCCCAUAUCCAGCCGCCCCGUAUGAGCUUGUCCCAGGACCUCACCAGUGCCCAGGCCCAGGCCCAUGCUGCCCAGGCCAGUGCCCUGUAUGCUAGUCUGCCCACCUUCACUACCACUCAACUUGAGGAUGCCCAGCGGCUGCUCCUCCAGCACCAGUCAGCUCUGCUGGGGCUGCCGAAGCUGUCCGGAGGGGAGGCAGGCUCAGGGUCCAGCGCUGGUCAGGGUCAAGAAGCUGAGGGCAAUGCUGCAGCUGCUGCUGCUGCUGCUGCUGCUGCUGCUGCUGCCGCUGCCGCCAGUGCCUUAUCUGCAUCAGCCGGGCUCCUCAAGACUGUGGAUGGAGAGGAGGAUGGCUCGUCGGGAGCCAGCGUCGUGGCCAUAGACAACAAGAUCGAACAAGCAAUGGACCUGGUGAAGAGCCAUCUGAUGUAUGCGGUUCGGGAGGAGGUGGAGGUUCUGAAGGAGCAGAUCAAGGAGCUGAUCGAGCGCAACUCCCAGCUGGAGCAGGAGAACACGCUGCUGAAGACGCUGGCCAGCCCUGAGCAGAUGGCCCAGUUCCAGGCCCAAGUCCAGACCGGCUCUCCCCCGGCCGCCCCCACAGCCGCUGCCGCUGCCCCGGGGCCCCAGAGCACCACCGCCCUCACUCAGCAGCCCGUCUCGCACAGCUCCGGCCCCUCGGCAUAGCCCGGUCCGCCCGGACAGACUGACUGACAGUUUUCUGAAUUCUGCUGCAGCAAGCAGAGCUAAACCAUGCCUUCUACAGCAGGAGGCGACGCUGUUAAGACAAGAAUUUGCACAUAUUUAACUCAGAAGGACGCAGCCAGUAGGUCGGUGUGGAGCGGUGCUUCGAGGCACGGUGGAAGGAGACAAUCCCAAGAUGCUGAGUGUGUGUGUGUGGUGGUGGUGGGGGAGGGGAGGGAGGGCUCGGUAUCGGAGGAGAAUGAAUGGAUGAACAUUUGCCAAAUAACCCUAGGACAUAUCAACUAGAAUGUCUUAUGAAGAAGAAACAAAACAACUAAUCAGUGGCGACAUUAUACUCGACCCAAGAAAAUAAAAAUCACUGUGCCUGCGUCAAUGGAUUUCACGUGAUGUCGAUUUCUUUGAUGGUGAUGAAGAGUAGGAGACGGAGGUUAUAUCGGUUGUCGCCACGCUUUGCUGAACAAUGUAUUGUAAAUAAAAGUGGUUCUCUCUCAAGAGUAGAUGCUAAAAGUUACUGGGUGAGAGAUGCGGGAGAGAAAAGCCUAAUAGUGUGACAAAUAAAGAAUGUCAGCAAUUAUUAUUAUUAUCAUCACAGAGUCCCCAUCUGGCAUGGGGCAUGUGGGGGGGAUGUAGAGCAAACAGGGAACUGGAGGUGGUUCGAACGCAACACUUGGAAGCAUUGAUGAUGUUAUUUUACCUGGGAGUUGAGGGAGGGGGGGCUUGGGUUUAUUAAUGAGAUGAUGAUGAUCAUCUAUUUUCAGUAUUUAAGUUUCGAGCUCCUCGGUUGCCCUGGACAAAGCUCAUCAUUGCUGUUCUUUCAACCCUGCGGUGGCAUGUUUAUUAAAUAAUCUCAAGCAGGGUUGAGACAUUGGGCUAAGCUGCAUUUUUUUCCCCCAAACGUUUGAUGGGCAGAAGAUGAUGUAUAUUUCUGUAUAGUGUAAGUACUGUGUAAAAUAAUAAUGAGAGAAAAGAGGAAAAGACGACAACAGACGGUAUCUAGGUCACACAGAUUGAAGCGGGUGGGCUAUAACCUGCCCGGUCUGUGUUGUCUAUUUUUAAUGCUGUAUUUCAGGACUAUGGAGAUCUACAGGAGUUGAGGUUAUUGAACUGACAACAGACAGGCAACAGUGGUGUCCAUAUCCCCUGCUGCAACAUUAACUCUUACUGUAAAACCUUUUUUUUUUCACUUGAUUUUUUUUCUGAAGUAUUUGCAGCCUUGUGAUUUUUUUUUUCCCAUCUUUUUUUUUUUUUUUUGACAGUGAGGUACUCUUGGAUGAUCAAACUCUUAACACAUACUCUGAAUACCAUGAAGACAAAACUCCGGACAUGUUUUUUUGGGGGUUCUGUGUAUCGGUUGUAUGCUCAUGUUCUGUGCAUGUUUCCUCAGAAACCAGAUGACAAAUUGUAACAUACAUAAUACAAUUGCACUUGACAGCUGCACUUCACAACUUUCAAUAAAAAUGCUUAAGGAAGAAUAAUAA